GUCCAUUUCUGGCGCGCAGUUUCUAUGGUGACACAAGUCGCGCCACUGUGCGCCCCGCGCUUUUAUAAUGUUUCAAAUUGCCUAGCAACUUCUUGCGGUUAGAAGCGCUAAGAAGACAUGGCCGGCGCACCCAGAUCGAAGGCCACGGAUGGGGCUGAGAGGAAGAAUAAUUCCAAAGAAAAAGUCUCUGAGCGAGAGACGUGGUGGAGAAGCUCACUAACAGAAUCUCCUGUUCCUGGCACCUAUCAUAUCCGAAGCUUUAUUGAAGAUGCAGCUAUGAAUCCUGUGAGGAAAACCUAUGGCUUCAAAGGGGAAGGCAGGAAGAAAUAUGCUGGCGUCCUUCGAAAAGGAGAUCUUUUACUUCCUGGCGCCUAUGCUUAUGCUGAUUUUCUACAACAUGCUGAAAAACAGCGUGUCACUUACUCUUUCCGGAGCUGCACCAGGUCAAAGUGCCCAAUAGUAGGCGUCACAGAUAAGGACGUCAAUAUUUCCCCUUGCCAGUAUAAUCUAAUGGAAAAGCCAGUAAUCAAGACUUCUUGCAAGCAUGUGAUGUUUCGCUCUGCAGUACAACGUUUUCCAACUAUUUACUUUGUGCCAAAAGAAGGUCCCGCACCCGGCCAGUAUGAAGUCAGAGUUGAACAGACACAUCCCAACAUCACUUCCUGCUUCCGGUCAGCUGUGCCCCGUCUACCAAGUACCCGCUCAAAAACCCCUGGUCCUGGGACCUAUGAGCCAAUGAAGCAAAUGCCAGUGCAGCCCAUCACCGUAACUGCUAUGGGACGUUUGCAUGGAUUAUUCUUCCGCAACUCCUUUGAGUUUUAAAUUUUAAGGAGAAAUUAGGCAAUCUCAUUGUUUUCAUGCUCAGGAUUCUACUGACUGCCUGCUAUGCUGUCCCAAGUCAUUGUGUAGUCAGACAGAUUUUUGGGAUAUGUGCUCUUAGCCUUUACUCUCCUUACACCAGUUCGUAUCAUAUUCUGCCAAUAUGGCUAUGCAAACUGAAGACAAAGAAGUCUGAUUGUGUGUGUGUGUGUGUGUGUGUGUGUGUGUGGUAGAAAUAUUUUCUGUCAUGGUACAACCCAAUUUGGUAAAAUAAUGUUCUUUAUUCAAAGAAACUGCAAAAUCACUUAAGGCAAGUGAGAAGCCAUACAGUAUAUAAACAUUGUACAUCAAGCACAAAAUACUAUUACAGUAUUUUAGGUAGAUUUCAUUUCUCAGUGUUUCUGCCCUUCAGUUUCUCUCUGAAUUGCUGUGGUCAGCUGUUGAUGGAGCAAGAACAUUUGUUUUAUUAAAAAAAAAAUUCAAAUGACUCUUAA